GUCUGGGACCUUCCAGGGCAAGGUAACGGGUUAAGAGAUUUCCGUGAAGUGUGUUGUUCUUCAAAUUAAGAGCAGGUACAGCUGGACGGAACCCUUGAUCGGUAUCAUAUUUGAAAAACGGACCUUAAUUUGUUUAGAUAUGGAUUUCUUACAGCUACCAGACAAAAUCAGUGAUACAUCAGCUGGGAGGGACAAAGAGCAGGAGGACUCAGCAGCACUCAGAGACAGGAGAGCGAUUCCGGCUGACUUCAGCAACAUCUACAGCAAAGACCUGCUCCCAGCUUCAGGAGGUCAAGAGAUUACUCGGGAGUUUUUGCAGGAGGUGGUUGCCAUCCUCUUGGGUUACAUCUGCAAGUCAACUCAGAGGAAUACCAAGGUCCUGGACUUCCACCAUCCUCACCAGCUGAAGGAGGGACUGGAGGGCUUCAGUGUGAAGCUGCCAGAACAACCGGAGACUCUGGAGCAGAUACUCGUGGACUGUAGAGACACACUCAAAUACGGUGUCAGCACAGGCCAUCCCCGUUUUUUCAACCAGCUGUCCUCAGGUCUGGAUGUUGUUGGUGUUGCGGGUGAAUGGUUGACCUCUGUUGCCAACACUAACAUGUUUACUUAUGAAGUGGCUCCUGUUUUCACCCUCAUGGAGGAGGUUCUACUCAGGAAGAUGCACAGCAUGGUGGGAUGGUCUGAUGAUGAAGCAGAUGGAAUCUUCUGUCCAGGAGGCACCAUCUCCAACCUGUACAGCAUCCUGGUGGCCAGAUAUCACUUCAACCCCGAGGUGAAGACCAAAGGGAUGGGAGUUCUUCCUCCACUGGCUCUCUUCACAUCCGAGCAUAGUCACUAUUCAGUGAAGAAAUGUGCCGCCGUGCUGGGGAUGGGCAGUGACAAUGUGUUGGUGGUGAAAUGUGAUGAACGGGGGAAAAUGAUUCCUACUGAACUUGAGUCUUGCAUUGUUCAAGCUGAAAACCAGGGUUUGGUUCCAUUCUAUGUGAAUGCGACGGCAGGAACCACAGUAUUUGGUGCCUUUGAUCCUCUCAGUGCCAUCGCAGACAUCUGCCACAAACACACACUCUGGAUGCAUGUCGAUGCAGCGUGGGGUGCAGGCCUGCUCAUGUCAGACAGACACAGCAUGAAACUACAGGGCAUCGAACAAGCUUGUUCUGUAACAUGGAAUCCUCACAAGUUGAUGGGAGUCCCUUUGCAGUGCUCGGUCAUACUGGUCAAGAAGAGAGGUCUCUUGCAGCAGUGUAAUGAGCUGGGGGCUGAGUACCUUUUCCAGCCGGAUAAACCGUACGAUGUGAGCUAUGAUGCUGGAGAUAAGAGCAUCCAGUGUGGUCGACAUGUUGAUGUCUUUAAGUUUUGGCUCAUGUGGAAAGCAAAGGGCUCAGAGGGUUUUGGAUCUCAGAUCAACAAAUGCUUAGAGAAUGCUGAGUAUCUGUAUGAUCAACUGCAGAGGAGGACCGACUUUGAACUGGUCUUGAAAAACAAACCAGAGCACAGUAAUGUGUGUUUCUGGUACAUCCCUCCCAGUCUGAGAGGCCUGCCAGCUGGACCUGACAGGGAUGAAAGACUCCAUCAGGUGGCUCCCAGAAUCAAAGGCAGGAUGAUGGAGAAGGGCUCUCUUCUGAUUGGCUAUCAGCCUUUAGGAGCCAGAGUCAAUUUCUUCAGGUGUGUCUUCUCCAAUCCUGCGACACAGCAAGAGGACAUUGACUUCCUGCUGGACGAGAUUGCCCAACUGGGCUAUGACCUCUGAUCUCUCUUGUUAUGGUCAUGUUAAAGGAAACAAGUAGAUCUGAUAUUGCGUGCGUCACAGAGUAGCUGUGCUGCAGUCAGUUGUUGGCAAAUCGUCUUUUUUAAAAUCUCAUCGAACUGCACUUGAGAAACAUUUGCAACCGUCAACUGCUUGUGCUCCUAUUUACACUCAUUGUCUCAUUAAAGGCAGUAUGUUUACUCUCGCUUAAAUGCUAUAGUUCACCGUUCAUACAUGUUCCACACACCUGCUGUUCAUGUACAUUUCAACUUUUAAGAACCAACCAAUGGUGAAAUGAUCCCUGCCUCUGGGCAGAUGCUGCAGGUGGUGCAAUUAGCCUGGAUGACACAUUUAAAGUCAGAUCAAUUCUUGACUCAUGACUUUCCCUGGUUUUAAUUCUCAACUCUGAUGUAGUUAGAUGUAGUUAAGACCACACUAAGACGUCCAUCUGAACCCUCAGAGAAUUGAAUGAUGUCACCUGCUGUGUGUCCAAGUGUGGAAGAAAUGUGACACGCUUCAUACUUCAUGUUGUAAAUGGUCUUUUCUAGUAUUGGUGACCAAUCAAUUCUCAACACCCAUUUCACUCACUUUUAUACAGCACAUUUUCUGUCACACAUCUUUCAUACCGGGCCACACAGUGGUGUAGUGGUUAGCAUGGGCCUUUCUGCAUGGAGUUUGCAUGUUCUCCCCGUGUGUACGUGGGUUUUCUCAGUUUUCUCCGGCUUCCUCCCACAGUCCAAAAACAUGCAAUGUGGGGAUUAGGUAAAUUGGACACUCUAAAUUGACCACAGAAGUGAGUGUGAGAGUGAAUGGUUGUUUGUCUCCAUCUGUGUGUGGCCCUGCGAUGGACUGGCGAACUGUCCAGGGUGUACCCCGCCUAUUGCCCGAUGUAGCAGAGAUUUGCACAGCACCCCCCGCGACCCUCUGGUGGAAGAUAAAGCGGUAAUUUAUGACUGACUGACAUCUUUCAUACCUGUUUGUGGGUUAAUGUCUUGGAACAUUUUAUUUUUACAGCAUAUAUCACAGCCCAAUCAUUCAUCAAUCAAGUGAUUCAAACAAUAUGCAUACAAUGAAGAACAGUGUAGGUUAUAAACAGCGUUGAAAA